UAGAGUCCCAGUGAAGAAUAAACGACAUGCGCAUGCGUCCUGACUGCAUUCACUAGUAGCGUGAUCUUAGCGUUGUAUUGUAGGUGACUGAGACAAGAAAGACAAAAAACAGCUGUACAUUGUCAGAUUAACUGGGCAUUUUGCCUGGGAGAAUUUUCCUGUUUUGGUCAAUCACCUCUCAAAAAUGGAUUUCCAACAUCGAGCUGGAGGGAAGACUGGAAGUGGAGGGGUGGCGUCCUCCUCGGAGAGUAAUCGGGACAGAAGAGAGCGGUUACGCCAACUGGCUCUAGAGACCAUUGACAUCAAUAAAGACCCCUACUUCAUGAAGAAUCAUUUAGGAUCAUAUGAGUGCAAACUUUGCCUGACGCUUCACAACAAUGAGGGCAGCUACUUAGCCCAUACACAAGGAAAGAAACAUCAGACCAAUCUAGCACGGCGCGCUGCCAAAGAAGCCAAAGAAGCUCCAGCUCAGCCAGCGCCAGCAAAAGUGAAGGUCGAAGUCAGGAAAUUUGUCAAAAUUGGCCGGCCUGGAUACAAAGUAACCAAACAGAGGGAUCCAGAGACUGGGCAGCAGUCAUUACUAUUCCAGAUUGACUACCCAGAAGUAGCAGAAGGUAUUGGGCCGAGACAUCGUUUCAUGUCUGCAUACGAACAGCGCAUCGAGCCCCCGGACCGUCGUUGGCAGUACCUGCUGAUGGCUGCAGAACCUUACGAGACUAUCGCUUUUAAGGUCCCCAGUCGAGAAAUCGACAAAGCCGAGAGCCGUUUCUGGACGCAUUGGAACCGAGAAACAAAACAGUUCUUCCUUCAAUUCCACUUUAAAAUGGAAAAAGCCCUCCUGCCACCAGGUCCUCCGCCUCCUGCUGGUAUGAAGCGUCCUCCCCCUCUUAUGAGUGCGCCUCGUCCACAAAAUGAGUCCAUGCCCCCGCCUCCAGGUGGGAUGGUCCUCCCCCCCGGUGCCCCCGGUACCCCUCAAAUGUCCUCUCAGAUGGCCAUGCCACCAAUGCCAAUGAGGCCGCCUCCCCCCGAGGCCCUUGCAGCGGGUAACAAUUAAUUGUGUUCAAGUUCUACAUUUAAAAUCCAACUCAUUUUUAUGAUUUUGUAAUUAAAGAUUCUAGUGGGAAAAA